AUGUCAAAAACCUUGAUAAUUGAUAACGGAUCGUACGAAAUAAAACUAGACUAUUAUAAACCUGACAUAGAUUCAAAUCUUCACAUCCCCAUAAAAUUAAACAACUCAAUCGUUAGAACAAAUGAUAAAAGAUUAGCAUUAGGCAACUCUAUAGAUGAUAUCCAAAAUAUUUCAAAUUUAUAUUUCAAGAGACCCUAUGAGAAAAACCAGUUGGUAAGUUGGGAAAUCGAAAAGCUAAUUUGGGAUUACUCUUUCAAUUCUAUCGAUCUUAAUCUCUUUGUAGAUCCAGCUGAUUGCAAUUUAGUGCUAACUGAAUCUCCAUUAACUUUACCAAAACUAUCAAACAAUCUUGACCAAAUUGUCUUUGAAGAAUAUGGUUUUAAAAAAUAUUAUAGAGCGCCUGCUGCCUCUUUUAUUCCUUUUAACACAAAGAAAAAUAUCUCUCUAUUAUCUGGAAUUGAUUACAAUUCAACCAAAGUUGAACUCGAAAUUAACAACGGUGACAAUGAAACCAAAUAUUAUAGUGAUUUUAAAUUGAUUAUAGAUUCAGGUUUUGAUUCCACUUUUGUUAUCCCGGUAAUUUAUGGCUGUAUUUACUGGAAAGGAGUUAAAAAGUUAGACAUUGGUGGUAGAUUUUUAACUGGUUUUUUAAGAGAAGUUAUUUCUUUUAGAUAUUAUAAUGUGGCAGACGAAACUAUGUUGGUUAAUAAUAUUAAAGAACAAUCGUGUUUUGUUGCAGAAGAUUAUAAUAAAUCCCUAGGUCUUUUGAAAAAAGACCGAAUUUUCUCAAUAAUUGAAUUUGUUUUACCGGAUUUUAAAACAACCACAAGAGGUUUUGUAUUGACGAAUUCUAAAAAAAAAGAGCUUUUUGAAAAGGGUAUUAAUCCCGAUGAGGAUUGUCAGAUUUUGAAAUUAUAUGACGAAAGGUUUUCUGUCCCUGAAACAAUUUUUGAUCCUGAGAUUUGUGGUAUUAGAAAUAAAUGUGGAUUAAUUAAAACAAUACAUGACUGUAUUCAAUCGGUUCCUGAAUUGGUGCGACCUUUAUUAGUUAGCAAUAUAGUUUGUGUUGGAGGAAAUUUUAAGCUAAAGGGAUUCAAACAAAGAUUAAUCAAAGAGUUAAAUCAAGUGUUACCAAUUGAUUGGGAUGUUAAAGUUGCAAUCUCUGAAGAUCCUUCAAUUUACAGUUGGCAAAGUAUGAAUGAAUUGGUUAAAAACCACGAUUUAAUCAAUAAAGUGUACAUAAGUAAAGAAGAGUACGAUGAAAAGGGGGCAGCUGGGAUUAGAUACUGUCAAUCAAAAUUUGGUUUUAAAAUUUAA